AUGAUUCCAUUAGAUGCAACUCGUCAAUCUUAUCAAAAGUUUGUACUUGAUAAAAUAUUUAAAAAAAUUGCACAAAGAUUCUAUGAACCACAAAUAGUACAUGGAAUUUUUGUUACAAUUCUAGCUUCAAAGUUUGAAAAACUGAUUGUUUUACCAAUAACUGUUUCUCAAUCAUGUACAUUAUAUUGUCUUGAUAAAGCUCAAACAUCAAAUAAUGUUGAAUUGACUUAUAUUUAUUAG